AUGGAGGCAGGGCAUAAACUGUACAAGUCCAUUAUUGAAGAUGUGAUUGAAAGUCUGUGUGAACUCUUUGCAGAAGAGGGUGUAGAGGAAAAGGUUCUGAAAGACUUGAAACAGCUUUGGGAAACCAAGGUGAUGCAGUCUAAAGCAACGGAAGGCUUCUUCAGACAUAGCCACCAUGGUACACAGUUUACCUUGCAGUUGCCACCCAAUUUUCACCGCAUUCUACAGGAUUCAUCAGCUUCUUUAGUCAUCCCAGCUGGCAGAGGUUUUCAGCAUUUCAUGACAGCAGACCUGGGUGCUUUGCAAGCGGGUGCAACUCUUGCCCUCCCUUCAAAUAUCGCUUAUCCUGUACAUGUGCCAGCUGGAGUGACGCUGCAGACAGCAUCUGGGCACCUUUGUAAGGUAAAUGUUCCCGUUGUGGUUACACAGACCUCAGGAGAUGCAAGUGUUCUACAUCAGCCUGUUCAACAGAUAUUUCAGUCUGUUAGGCAACCUUCAGUUCUACAAGCCAAUGUUGCCAGUGUUGCCCAGGUGAAUGCAUCUUCUGCCCAGGCAGCUGCUGAAACAUGGCAACCCCAGGAGACUGCUCUCCAACAGACUAUGGAAAAUCAACCAAAUGUUAUGGAAGAAAGACACCCAGAGAACUCUGCUAAUACUGCAUUGGUCCACCAGGCUUCUGUGAGUCAGCAGCAACUCGCAGCUAAUCAGCAUGCAGAUUCAACAGAAAAACCUCAGCAGGGCAAUCUUCACACAGCUGUGUUUACUCCAGAAUCCUCUGAAGGGUUUUCACAUUUUGAAUCCUUGGCAAACAACUCGAGCAGUGUGCUGCUGGAUGUGGAGGGUCAGUUAGACAUUGAGACUCUUGAGUCAGUGCAACAGCAGCAGAUGUCUGAUGAUAUCAUUGACCUGAUUAUUAUGGGCAAAAGUCUGGAUGAUAACACUGUCCUGAGGAAUCAGGACAGUGUUGCCCCCUCUGACAAGAUGGAACCUACUGAGCAGAUGGAAGCUAAUUUACCAUCAGAGAAGGAUAUCUGCAGUCAUAUUGAAGGCAUAAUUCAGCUAGAUGGAACUGGUGAUGUUCCUCCCAAGGAAGAAACACCACAUGCAGAAGACAGGGAAGAGAAUGAAUUUAUUGGCAUUAUUGAAUCAGAGGAUCUAAAACUUCUGGAGGAUGAGGAAGGCGAUGAAGAAUGUGACAGUAUUUCAAACACGGAGUCUAGCAGCAGUGGUGGUGAUAAUGAAGAGCCCCAAAUAGAUGUAGUUGAGGAGGACCCCUUAAAUUCUGAUGAUGAUGUCAGUGAACAGGACAUUCCAGACUUGUUUGACACCGACAAUGUGAUAGUUUGUCAGUAUGACAAGAUACAUCGAAGUAAGAACAAAUGGAAGUUUUACUUAAAAGAUGGAGUGAUGUCCUUCGAGGGUAAAGACCAUGUGUUUGCAAAAGCCUUUGGAGAUGCAGAGUGGUGA